GACCCAGUCCCAGACUACCAGCAGAGAAGGUGUUGACCCAGUCCCAGACUACCAGCAGAGAUGUCAGAGAGUGCAGGGCUGCAGUUUGUCAGCCCGUAUGCCUUUGAGGCCAUGCAGAAGGUGGAUGUGGUGCGUCUGGCUGCCCUGAGUGACCCAGAGCUGAGGCUGCUGCUGCCCUGCCUGGUUCGGAUGGCUCUGUGUGCCCCAGCCGACCAGAGCCAGUCCUGGGCCCAGGACAAGAAGCUCAUCCUGCGCCUGCUCUCCGGGGUGGAGGCUGUCAACUCCAUUGUGGCCCUCCUGUCUGUCGACUUCCAUGCUUUGGAGCAGGAUGCCAGGAAGGAACAGCAACUCAGGUAAAACCUUUUGAAUGAUCUCAGAGACAGACACUAGUUAACUGUGUUAUUACACUCAAGGACACUCGACUCAAGUAAACAACUCCUACAGGUUGAGUAGAUGUCUUUGGUUAGUACGGUAAUACGACUAACCUCAUAUUUAGCUUUUUGUAAAUAAACUUGGAGAAUCCAAAUAAAAUACAUAUUUUUUGUCUCUCCCUUUUGUUUAGCAGAGUAAAGAGUUUGUUUAGCAUGUUGUGUGGAUGGUAGGGCCGGGACCAGUAUUAGCUCUGUCGUAGCCGGCCGCGACCGGGAGACCCAUGGGGCGGCGCACAAUUGGCCCAGCGUCGUCCAGGGUAGGGGAGGGAAUGGCCGGCAGGGAUGUAGCUCGGAUGGUAGAGCAUGGCAUUUGCAACGCCAGGGUUGUGGGUUCGAUUCCAGUAUGAAAAAAAUAAAAUGUAUGCACUCACUAACUGUAAGUCGCUCUGGAUAAGAGCGUCUGCUAAAUGACUCAAAUGUAAAUGUAGAUGUCUUUGGUUAGUAAUACGACUAACCUCAUAUUUAGCUUUUUGUAAAUAAACUUGGAGAAUAUAUUUUUUGUCUCUCCCUUUUGUUUAGCAGAGUAAAGAGUUUGUUUAGCAUGUUGUGUGGAUGGGAUGGUAGGGCCGGGACCAGUAUCGCAAUAUUUUUUCCAUUGCAAAAAUUGAAAACACUAAGUAGACCAAACUCUUUGGUCCUUUAAAAACCUGCUGUAUGUAAAAUAUUGUGUGCUUUACCUUGGAAAAUAAAUACAUGUGACUGGAUGACAACAUAAUUAUGUUUGUUUUCAACAUUAGGGCUAUUUUCCUAAAGAAGUUAAAUCAGCUUCGUGUUUUCUUUCCUUGCCACGAUACGAACAAGUAUCGCAAUACUAGUAUCGCGAUACUGAAAUCGUCCCGGCCUUAGUGGAUCGGAGAUGCUGAUUGUUCUGGUGUGGUGGUGUCCCCUCUGACAGGCACAAGGCUGGUGGCUCUAAUGGAGAGAGCAUCUUGGUGUCUCAGCUGCAGCAUGGCCUCACCCUGGAGUUUGAACACAGUGACCCUCUCAGGAGACUCAGGCUGGCGCUCAGUGAACUACUGGCCAUCAUGAACAAGGUAACACCGUCAUCUCACUGCUUCCCACGGGGGUAGUUUAACUGGAAACUGAUUGAUUGAAUGUGUAUGGUGCUUUUCCAGGCCCUCAAAGCACUUUACAAGGCAAGGGGGAAGCUCACCAAUGGGUAGCUCCCAACUGAAUCACUUGGCCCUGCCUUUAGCAAGCGUCCAGUUUAUCAUACUCAAUUUUGUAUUUGUAUGUUGUUCAUUUGGCUGGGUUUUGUCUUACAGGUGUCUGAUUCCAAUGGGGAAUGGUUCCUGAAGUCCUCUGAGCUAUUUGAGAGCCCUGUUUACCUGGAAGAAGUUGCAGAUGUUCUCUGUAUACUUCAAGCAGGUACUCACAUCAAUAGAAAAUACCUCAUUAUGUGGAAAUGACCCAGUUUUCUAAAACAUACCUAUUUGUGUGUGAUGUAUUUUCAGAGAAGCAACAAUUUCUCUGAUUUUGAUUUGGAAGCUGAAGCUUUUCUCAGAUCAAAUACCUGGUAUUGCACGGAACCCCCAAGUUUGAUGUCUGCAGUCUUUUUUUCUCCCAUCAGAGUUGCCCUCCCUGCUGCCCAUCAUAGACGUGGCAGAGGCUUUGCUACAUGUGAGAAACGGUGACUGGUUCUUGUGCCUGCUGGUUGCCAAUGUCCCUGACAGCUUUAAUGAAGGUAGAGUGAAAGAUGCAAAAUAAUGUCUGUGAACAAUAAAUAUAUAUUCUAUGUUUGUACUGUUACAUUAUGUUGCACAAAUUGUUUAGCUUUACCAUGCCUGUACUACUAAUGAUAAGACAGGAUUAGUUGAUUCACUGGUUUUAUUGAGCCCGGAGCCCACACAUGCUUGGCAAGCUGAUCCUAGUCUAUAGGUGGAGUAUACUUAAUCUAAUAGAAUAAUCUGUGUCUGUACAGAUCUCAUUGUAAUUCUAGGCAGAUAAUUAUUGACAUUGGCUGCCUAUUCCACGUUUCUUCACCCAAUUCGGUAUUUCCGCUUGUAAUUGGACAAUGUUUCAGCCCCAGAGGUAGGACUAGAUUAAUGUGUUCUCCUUAUAAUAUAGAUGAUGAAUAUGAUUGUCUUGCGACUGGCCCAUAGUGUGUGUGUUCUCUGCUUUCAGAGACACAUUAUGAAGGAGGAAAUGGAGUUCUAGCUCCGCUUGCAGCCUCUCCAAUGCCUCCUUAUCACCCAGGGGGUCAGGCCUGAGUCAAUAGCUUAUUUGCGUUAGCGAUGCAAGCGAGAAGGAAGCAGUCAGUCGGCAGGCAGGCAGCGUUACAGUACAUAGCGCUGAACAUUAGUGAAUCCUCAUGGCUUGUUAUUGGAAUUGGCCUCUUUCAUUGAAACGGGCGGGAAAUGGGCCCUGUCUCGAGGCAUCAAGUGUGAGGCAUAGCGUUGCCUAGCAUAUAACAUGAAGCGGUAACUAACUUGAUCUCCUUGAGUCUUUUAUGGCAUAUGCAAUUCUUCGUCAGUAGGGGAGAUGGAAGCUAAAUUAGUUUCAGUUAGUGCUGAGCAAUUAACCGAAAUAGUUAUUUUUAAAUUAAAAAACAAACAUUUUAGUCAUUUAGCAGACGCUCUUAUCCAGAGCGACUUACAGUUAGUGAGUGCAUACAUUUUAUUUUUUUCAUACUGGUCCCCCAUAACCCUGGCGUUGCAAGCGCCAUGCUCUACCAACUGAGCUACACAGGGCCCAUUUUUGGGGCUUAUUAAACAACUAAUUGACCGACGUCGGUUCAAUUACUUGAAUUCCAUUUAGUUAUAUUUUUUUGAUGAGCUCAACGCGCCAUUUCUCGAGAGAAAUCAAAUCAUUCAUGAGAGAAAUAACUAUGUGGGAUGCUUGGAAAAUGUAGUUUUCAUUAGUCAAAUAUACAACCUAGUUCAGCGCAGAAACGUGGUAAUUAACUACAAUGACCAUAAUCCAUUGCGUCUGUUCUUUCCGGCCACGGACAGAGGCAGAUACACACACACACACACACACACAGACAAUAGACCGCAUGAAAGAGGAAUGACACAACACCACGACGAAAGGGAUAGAGACAGUUCGUGAGGUAGCUCUACCAGAGUGAUUGUUAAAGUAGUUGGUAAUAAGCGGUCUUGAAAAUAUGCCUUAUCUACUUUGAAGAACUAGUACAAUUAUUUUGUCAGCCAGCUAGCUACUACUAGCCUAGCUAAAUAGUAUGACUCGUUCAAUGGUGAGCACAGAGACAACAUUAGAUGGUUGUCUGGCAGCGGAGGCUGGUGGGAGGAGCUAUAGGAGGACGGGCUCAUUGUAAUGGCUGGAAUUGAAUCAAUGGAACGAUAUCAAACAUAUGUAAACCACGUUUGACUCCGUUCCGUUUAUUCCAGUCCAGCCAUUACAAUGAGCCCAUCCUCCUAUAUCUCCUCCCACCAGCCUCCACUGUUGUCUGGCUGGCAGGCUGCUACUGCCUGAGUACAGAUUAAAUUAUGACUUUAAAGAGCCACUGAACAUGCAGAUUGGCAAGUAUUUUUCUGUUCAUCAUUAGAAAAACAAGAUAUCAGUCUUGGUGUGUUUCCUGACUGAUUCCGCGUUUGGUUAAUUAUGUUUGUCCCCCAUGAGACACUGUAGUCACAGAAGCCUAUGUCACUUCCUCAAAAUCCCCAGAAUGAAUAUAAGAUAACUAAUUAAUUUAGACGUUUUUGCCGAGGAUGUUUUAGUUGCGCAAUUUUACAUCUAAGGUGUUUGGUGCUGUAUUUCUCAAGUAAAAGAAUGUUCGACGUGUUGUCUUAUGUAAACAAAGUUGGGCUGCUUGGCAGGUCUGUCUCAAUGUCUAUGCUAUUGGAUAGAGGGCAAUCAACAUAGCUGUUCACCCCAUGUUAGUGGGCAAACGGACAUUGUCAAAUCAAAACCCAACCUUCAUUUACCCAUUGAUGCACGGAUGUUCCAAACUCUGUUUUAGACAAGACUGACUUUAUGACCAAAAUUAUCCUAUUUACACUUUGUAGUAAAAUUUGACACUAGAAUAACUGUUUCUGACUCAUAUCGAUGCCACAAAGGGAUUUGUUGCUUUUUAAAGGCAGUCACUCUCUAAGGAAUUACAAAUAAUAGUAAUCAAAUAAAUAAAUAAAAACUUCUGACCCACUGGAAUUGUGAUACAGUGAGUUAUAAGUGAAAUAAUCUGUCUGUAAACAAUUGUUGGAAAAAUUACUUGUGUCAUGCACAGAGUAGAUGUCCUAACCGACUUGCCAAAACUAUAGUUUGUUAACAAGAAAUUUGUGGAGUGGUUGAAAAACGAGUUUUAAUGACUCCAACCUAAGUGUAUGAAAACUUCUGACUUCAACUGUAAAUGUGUAAUGAUUCCAUGCUUCAUUGGAUUUCCGUAAGCAGUCCGUCUACUAUGACAUAAUGCACUGCUACAGACAUUGAAGGUGAAGCAAGCAGACAGAGAAAAUGCUCUGGCGGGACAAAGGACAAUUGUUAUAGAUCCUUGAGAGAAGGUUAAAAACAUGGAACAAUUUCUUGUUUUUAUGCAUCUUUGAUAUCCUCUGUUAUUAUUGCAACAUUCAAGUACCAAAUAAGUGCCAAUUCUGCCAAAUAAAUAACAACAAAUGUUAGAAAAUGUAUUAUCUAAUCAAAUUUCCUCAAUCAAAUUCCAUUAUUCCAUAACUGUUAUUUGUACGGAUUUCAUACAGCUGUAUUUCGAUAAGAAAAUGUUUCAUAUCCUCAGAAAAUAAUAACCUUCUCCACAUAACAUGUAACUGAUAUCUGUGGUGUGUUCAGUGUGCAGGGGCCUGAUAAAGAACGGGGAGCGUCAGGAUGAGGAGAGCAUGGGGGGGAGACGCAGGACAGAGGCCCUGAGACAGCUGUGUCAGAUGAACCCCUCCCAGGCCCUCAACAUCAGAGCCAUGGUGGUGAGUCAAUCUCUCUUGUGCCUUGUGAACCAUUUGUCCUUUCCAGCACCGUUCCAGCAACUAGGGUGGAUUUAUAACCAGGCCAGCACAGUACAGCUCAGCUCUUAAACCGUUGAGCUGUGCAAAUGCCACUACUGUUUGCUGCACUGAUGAAAACUGUCAUGCUGUCCUGUCCACUGUAUGUGUGUCCUCCCCAGGUGGAGGAGUGUCACCUGCCAGGUCUGGGUGUGGCCCUGACCCUGGACUAUAAGCCUGACACGGCCGAUGAUGCGGUCAGCCCCCUGGUGUCCUACGUCAGUGGGCUGCUGCUGGGCACAAAUGGGAAAGUACGCACCUGGUUCAGCAUGUUCAUACGCAAUGGACAACAGGUGAGAAACACAGACCACUGCCUACAGUGAGAUUCAGUGGCAUACAUAUUUGAGCUAUACAAAUAUACAUUCUGCUCCUCAAACACACACACAGCUCUCACCGAUACCUUGAAAGUGACUUAUACUCUCUUACAAAACUCUCAACCCUCGCACUCUCUCUCUUCCCUCCCUCCCUCAGAGGAAGCGUGAGAGCAGUUCAGUGCUGUGGCAGAUGCGUAGGCAGCUGUUGUUGGAGCUGGUGGCCAUCUUGCCCCGGUCGCGCAGCACCCACGAGCCCAAUGACAGUGUGGAAGAUGCAGAGAGCAGCUCUGGGUACUCUGGUCUCCGGGAGGAGCAUGUGGUGAAGGCUUCCGCCCUGCUCAGACUCUACUGUGCCCUCAUGGGCAUCGCAGGACUCAGGUAGGUGACACCAAGGAGGAGGAGAGGGAGUGGAGAUCAGUAGGGGUAGCACUGAUGGUCUCUGAUAGUUCCUCUGUUUUAAAGUUUCAUGAAUUAUUUUCAUAAGGGUGUAGUGAUGGGGGAGUUUGUACCCUGGGUGUGUUUUUUUGAAGGAUGUAAUUAACCUUUGGAAGAUGGUGUAUCUGAUUGUGUCUUUUGUAAUUUUGUGUGUUUGUGACAUUUGAAGUAAUUUGUGUGUCUUUCCCCCGUUGACAGGCCCACUGAUGAGGAGGCAGAGCAGCUCCUUCAACUCAUGACUAGUCGACCCCCGGCCACUCCAGCUGGGGUUCGAUUUGUCUCUCUGUCCUUCUGUAAACUACUGGCCUUCCCCACACUCGUCAGGUAGGACCACAAGAGCAACAUCUUUAUAUUAAUUUUGCAUAAAAAUACACACGUCAAGACAGAAUGACACUGACACAUUCAACACAUUCAAUGGUUGGGAAGAAAUGGCAAUACUAGUCAGGGCUUGACAUUUUUUAGCCACUUGUCCUUUGGACAAGAAGGACAGUUUUUUUUUUUACUUGUCCUUUGGACAAGAAGGACUGUUGUUUUUUUUACUUGUCCAAAAUAAAAAUGUAAUACUUGUCCCCAAAACAUUUAAAUGGUCUGUAAGACAAUUUUAAAAUGCAUUGCUAUCUUUUUUUUUACCAUAGAGAAUCAGACAGAAAUGUAGGCUACACUCUGCCUAUUGGCUUCUUUGCAUAUUCAAGCCUGUCUCAAAAUACAACACUCCCCUUUAAAGGCUCUCCUGGAGGAUAGUUGGCCACCCUGUUAGCCUAUUGAAUAUUACAACAUUAGGCUACAAUUACAACCAAAUACUUUUUAUGUCUUUAAAAAUAAUUCCCUCUAGGGAUCCAAAAUUCAUACAACCACUGCACGCAAUUGUAUUUUUUUAAAUCAAUGAGGUGAUGCAACAAAUCAGACCGUUUAGCUUAAAAUAUUGAUCAACUUUAAUUUCUUCAUAUUAUAAGCUCAACAAUGUGCACAUGGCUGUAGGGUACGUGCAAAUGUUCCAAAAAUGCAAUUAGCGGGAAAACACCAUUCUCAAAAGUGCUUCUACACCUGCAUUACUAGCUGUUUGGGGUUUUAGGCUGGGUUUCUGUACAGCACUUCGAGAUAUUAGCUGAUGUAAGAAGGGCUAUAUAAAAUAAAAUUGAUUGAAAUUGAUUGAUUGCACGAGCGAGUGGUUAGAAAUUAAGAAUGAGGGGAGACCUAAAGAUGUAUCAACUAGCAUGGGUCACUAAUAUGACUAGGAUUAUGCCUUUGGCUGCUGGACAAUAAAAUUAAGUUGAUUUGAAAACCAAUAGAACAUGAGAAAAAUGCUGGUUUCAAUGGCAUAUUAAUUGUUUAUAAAAUAAUUCCCUUAACAUUUCUAUGGUUGUAUUUUGGCUAGGCUAGGCUACUUUGAAACAAGGUAAGACAUGCUUCAUAAAAUGGCAUAAACAAUUACGUUUAUGGUUAAAUAGUUUUAAAAUGCUGACCGUCCCCUCUCAGAUUCAAGGUGGGUGAUGUGCGCAACAGUCACGGUCCUUCACUCUCUGGUCUUGUGGCCAUUUGAUCUGAACAAACGUGCCUCCUAUGUUGACAGAAUCAAGCCUUUAGAUGUUAAUUAUCCUUCAUUAUAUUUGUCAAACAUGACUGGCGUUCAGCCUAUAUUUAUAUAAUUAAAAGUCAUUAUAGUUUGGCUACAUUUUCUGGCGCAUCUCUCAUGUCAACAUUGGUUUGGACAUGAGAGGCUGUAGCCAAUAUGCACAUAGGCUUUUUUAUUUAUGUACAUGAAAAGUAGAUUUGAAUAUUAUUCCAAUGUUGGCCUCUGGUCCAGUUCUGAUCUGAGUAAUUGUUUUGAUAUUGUGAUUUGUGUGAUUUAACAACUUAAAUCUACAGUGAGGGAAAAAAGUAUUUGAUCCCCUGCUGAUUUUGUAUGUUUGCCCACUGACAAAGAAAUGAUCAGUCUAUAAUUUUAAUGGUAGGUUUAUUUGAACAGUGAGAGACAGAAUAACAACAAAAUAAUCCAGAAAAACGCAUGUCAAAAAUGUUAUAAAUUGAUUUGCAUUUUAAUGAGGGAAAUAAGUAUUUGACCCCCUCUCAAUCAGAAAGAUUUCUGGCUCCCAGGUGUCUUUUUAUACAGGUAACGAGCUGAGAUUAGGAGCACACUCUUAAAGGGAGUGCUCCUAAUCUCAGCUUGUUACCUGUAUAAAAGACACCUGUCCACAGAAGCAAUCAAUCAAUCAGAUUCCAAACUCUCCACCAUGGCCAAGACCAAAGAGCUAUCCAAGGAUGUCAGGGACAAGAUUGUAGACCUACACAAGGCUGGAAUGGGCUACAAGAACAUCGCCAAGCAGCUUGGUGAGAAGGUGACAACAGUUGGUGCGAUUAUUCGCAAAUGGAAGAAACACAAAAGACCUGUCAAUCUCCCUCGGCCUGGGGCUCCAUGCAAGAUCUCACCUCGUGGAGUUGCAAUGAUCAUGAGAACGGUGAGGAAUCAGCCCAGAACUACACAUGAGGAUCUUGUCAAUGAUCUCAAGGCAGCUGGGACCAUAGUCACCAAGAAAACAAUUGGUAACACACUACGCCGUGAAGGACUGAAAUCCUGCAGCACCCGCAAGGUCCCCCUGCUCAAGAAAGCACAUAUACAGGCCCGUCUGAAGUUUGCCAAUGAACAUCUGAAUGAUUCAGAUGAGAACUGGGUGAAAGUGUUGUGGUCAGAUGAGACCAAAAUCGAGCUCUUUGGCAUCAACUCAACUCGCCAUGUUUGGAGGAGGAGGAAUGCUGCCUAUGACCCCAAGAACACCAUCCCCACCGUCAAACAUGGAGGUGGAAACAUUAUGCAUUGGGGGUGUUUUUCUGCUAAGGGGACAGGACAACUUCACUGCAUCAAAGGGAUAAUGGACGGGGCCAUGUACUGUCAAAUCUUGGGUGAGAACCUGGGUCAUGGAUGGGUAUUCCAAUAUGACAAUGACCCAAAACACACAGCCAAGGCAACAAAGGAGUGGCUCAAGAAUAAGCACAUUAAGGUCCUGGAGUGGCCUAGCCAGUCUCCAGACCUUAAUCCCAUAGAAAAUCUGUGGAGGGAGCUGAAGGUUCGAGUUGCCAAAUGUCAGCCUCGAAACAAUGACUUGGAAAAGAUCUGCAAAGAGGAGUGGGACAAAAUCCCUCCUGAGAUGUGUUCAAACCUGGUGGCCAACUACAAGAAACAUCUGACCUCUGUGAUUGCCAACAAGGGUUUUGCCACCAAGUACUAAGUCAUGUUUUGCAGAGGGGUCAAAUACUUAUUUCCCUCAUUAAAAUGCAAAUCAAUUUAACAUUUUUGACAUGCGUUUUUCUUGAUUUUGUUGUUGUUAUUCUGUCUCUCACUGUUCAAAUAAACCUACCAUUAAAAUUAUAGACUGAUCAUGUCUUUGUCACUGGGCAAACGUACAAAAUCAGCAGGGGAUCAAAUACUUUUUUCCCUCACUGUAUUCUUGUCUGACUUUCUUUAUACUUGUCCUGGACAAGAGGACAAGCGUUAAUGUCGUGCCCUGCUAGUACAAAACACACAAACAAAAACAAUACAAAGUAUUCACAGCUCUGCUCUAAUGUGUCGAUGUGACAGUGAAAGACUAACUGUAGUCUUUGUAUCUACUACCAAGCAGAUGGCAUAAAGAUUCUCACUGGGUUAACAGAGCCAGAUUAAACAGGUGGCUUCUCUGGAAUGUUUCCUGCCGUUGUACUGAGUGGCAUCUGUGGCUAUGUGACGGUGUUAUUAGUGUGAUAUUGUGUUGCCUGUGUGAUCCUGUGUCCCUCCUGCAGCACCCCGGAGCAGGAGCAGCUGAUGGUGAUGUGGCUCAGCUGGAUGAUCAAAGAGGAGGAGUACUUUGAGAGGUGAGGAUGGUGGCCUGGUCCUUAUGUGAUGAUAGACAUUAUCAGACCUGGGUUCAAACAGUAUGUGUUUUCUUUCAAAUACUUUAGCUUUCCUUGAUUGCGCUUCACUGGUGCAAUCAUUUCACACUUUAUGGGCAUUUUAUUAGCAAACCUUCAAAAUGGUCAUGACGACAGAUGAGUCAUGCGUAUCUCUCGACAUUCAGUGAUUGUCUUCCAGUUAAACUGGCUCAAUUUAACAAUGCCUGACAAAAAAGUGCCCUUAGUGUUCUUUUUCAUGUUCCAGUCAGAGUUCCCUGUUUUUCUCUGGUAGGAGAAAGGCUGAGGCCAGACAGAGCUCGUCUCAAAACAAACAGUGCAGGGACGUGAGGCAGGUUGGGUGGUGAUGGAUGAGGGGGCGAGUUGGGCUGGAAGGGGGAACAAACCCGGGAGGCCCCGACAGGCUUUUAAAAAUUUAAUAAGCCCUUCAUUGAACCAUGAGUUAUCACUGCAGCAGCCCAACUCUCCCUCUGGGGUGGUAAAUGAGUGUUGGCCGGCGCCGUGGAGGGGACACUAGGCCGGAGGAGGGGGUGUCUAAUAUAACUGGGCAUAAUCAUUUUAUUAAAGCGCUGUCCUCUAAGAUGCAUUGUAAGCUCCCGGUUUAAAUCUCUCUGCUCUGUCUCUCCUGCCCCCCUCUUUCUCUCUCUCUCGCUCUGUGUGUGUACAGUGCUGCAGGGGUCGCCGCUUCCUUCGGAGAGAUGCUAUUACUGGUUGCCAUGUAUUUCCAUAGCAACCAGCUCAGCGCCAUCAUCGAGCUGGUCUGCUCCACUUUGGGGAUGAAGGUAAGGUGGAGGUAGGGAUGGAGAGAGAGAAGGUGGGAGGGUGGUAGGGCAGAUGGAGGUGGAGGGAUCGAUAGUCCAGUCUGAGAGGGAGAGUGGCUAGCUGUUAUACUUCCUCCAUUUCAGCUAUGCAAGAAGCCUACAAACAGCGACGGCUGCCUGCCAAUACACUGGCUGUUGUGUUCAGUUAUUUUUGCUGUCACUUCAUUUCUCAGAGAAAGAGGGUGCAAUGUAAUUUGGUUGUAUUGAAUUUUAUUCUCACCCUAGGCUGUCUAUGCACUGUAUCUAUUCUGCUUUUGUCAUGUAGAAUUUCUGUUAUCCAAUAUGAAUAGAGUGGAAUUAUUAACGGCCAGGUUCAUUCAUUGCCCUCAGGAUGUUUUCACUAGGUACUGGCUGCAGUAAAAGCAACUCUGUUGGUUGAUACCAGUCUAACUGAUCCUUCUGUAAAUUAUACCAGUCUAAACUGAUCUCUUGGUAAAUGCCACCCUUUCUUCACUGCAGAUUGCAAUUAAGCCAAGCUCUCUGAGCAAAAUGAAGACUAUCUUUACCCAGGAGAUCUUCACUGAGCAGGUACUUCAUACACACAGCCACAUAUACCAUUUGUCCACAGUUAGCCUAAUCUUUUUAGAUAACAUAUGUCUUUAUGAUUUACAUGUUGUUUAUUUGCUAUACAGUGCCAUAUUAUUUCAACAUUUCAGUAAUUUAAUGAUUUAAGUAUUUCAACUUUUCAACAUGUUUCAUUAUUAGAUUUUUUUUAUUUGGACUGAUUUGAUCCUCCAUCCAUAGUAUUGGCCAGGUAUAUUGAAAUUGUAUUGAUUUUUGUCCAGGUGGUCACUGCCCACGCUGUGAGGGUGGCGGUUACCAACAACCUGAGUGCCAACAUCACAGGCUUCCUGCCCAUCCACUGUAUCUACCAGCUGCUCCGCAGCAGAGCCUUUACCAAGCACAAGGUCUCCAUCAAGGUAGGCCAUUCUCCACUCUCCAGUCUGUGGUUCUGUUAUUAGCCUCAUGCCUUUUCUGUUCAUUCAUGGCUCCAUCUACUGGUUACUUCCAAUGAAUGAUGUUCGUGGCUUUUGUGAGCAGCAUGGUGAAUUCCACUAUGGGAUAUGGGGAAGAGCACUUACACCUGAUAAAUAGUUUUAAACUGUUUACUGGUGCUAGUCUUUUGGUACAAUAGUCUAUACAACAAAUACAUAUCAAUAUACACAUUAAUGCUGUUGUAUUCCAUGUUGUCUCCUAUAGGACUGGAUCUACAGGCAGCUGUGUGAGACAUCCACCCCGCUCCACACCCAGCUGCUGCCCCUCAUCGACGUUUACAUCAACUCCAUCCUCACUCCGGCCUCCAAGGCCAACCCUGAGGCCACCAACCAGCCAAUCACUGAGCAGGAGAUCCUCACCAUCUACCAAGGCUCCACUGCAGUGGUGAAUGGGUUAUUAAACACGCACACACACAUACACGGGGGGGGGGGGGGGGUAAGGUUUUCAUAAGACUGGGGUGGGUUUUCCUCUCACUUUUUUACCUACCCUUUGCUCCUUUCAUAUUUAUUUUGAUCCUGACAAACUCCCCAGUCCCUGCCAGUGACAAGAAUACCCAUAACAUGAUGCUGCCACAACAAUACUUGAACAUAAAUAGGGUUUUCACCCAAACCUGUAGUUUUUAAAAGUGUAUUUCUUUGUCGUGCAGUAUUACUUAACAGCCUUUUUGCCAACAGAAUAGAUUUAGUCCCCUGUAACUCAGUUGGUAGAGCAUGGCACUUGCAACGCCAGGGUUGUGGGUUCGUUUCCCAUGGGGGCCAGUAUGAAAAUGUAUGCACUCACUAACUCUAAGUCGCUCUGGAUAAGAGCGUCUGCUAAAUGACUAAAAUGUAAAUGUUAAGCAUUUAGAGUGGAUUCUUUUAACACAGGCUUCAUUCUUUUCAUUUAGUCAUACAGGCCAAUAAUGUGGAGUGAAUGCAUUGUUGUUGAUCCUCUUAAUUUUCAAGUAUUGUGGUGGCAGCAUCAUGUUAUGGGUAUGCUCGUCACUAGCAGGGACUGGGGAGUUUGUUAGGAUCCAAAUAAAUAUGAAAGUAGCAAAGCCUAGGUAAAAAGUUAGAGGAAAACCCACUGUAGUCUCCUGUAAACCUAACCUUGGGAUAGUUUUAUUUUUCAGCGACACAAUUACAAUACAUUUUAAUGGCAAAGACACAUCAGAAUGUCUUCCCAAGAGGUGUUCAAUGCUCCUGAAUGGUCCAGUCGCAGUCCUUACGUAAAUCUGCUUGAAAAUCAGAGACAAGGUUUGAAUGUUGCUGUCCAUCAAUGAUUCCCAACCAAAUUACUGAGCUUGAGCAAUUUUUACAAAAACAAUGGAUUUAUGUUGCCCUAAGAGUUGUGCAAGGUUGCUACAAUCUUAUUUAAAAUAAUUCACAGCUGUAAUAGUCCCAGUCGGUAUUAGAUGGAAUGUUGCGGCCCCUCCCGCCUGUGGGGAAAACAACCUGUGGUUACCUAGGUUACCCCAUUGGCUCACAGCAAAUACUUGACCUUUUUCAAACACAAUUAGUUGUCUGCUUGUUUUAGUCAAUUACAAAACUACAUUUAAGAAAAGUACAGCAUGUCUAAAAAUAACUUUACCCGAGCAUUCUCACUACUUAGAAAAAUGUAAUAUUGUAGGCCUUCCCUCAUGCAUGCAUGAGUGCUAGCUAGCUACCGACCGGAACAGCUAGCCAAUACCAACAACACAAACGGACUAUACAGCUACAAGUAGUGAGUGGAGUCAAACAGACUAUACUGAACAAGUUAAAUGUCUUACCUGUGAUGAAAUGUUUUCCACACACAUACAGUGGGGAAAAAAAGUAUUUAGUCAGCCACCAAUUGUGCAAGUUCUCCCACUUAAAAAGAUGAGAGAGGCCUGUAAUUUUCAUCAUAGGUACACGUCAACUAUGACAGACAAAUUGAGGGAAAAAAAUCCAGAAAAUCACAUUGUAGGAUUUUUAAUGAAUUUAUUUGCAAAUUAUGGUGGAAAAUAAGUAUUUGGUCACCUACAAACAAGCAAGAUUUCUGGCUCUCACAGACCUGUAACUUCUUCAUUUACAUUACAUUUACGUCAUUUAGCAGACGCUCUUAUCCAGAGCGACUUACAAAUUGGUGCAUUCACCCUAUAACCAGUGGGAUAACCACUUUACAAUUAUUAUUAUUAUUAUUAUUAUUAUUAUUAUUAUUUAUUUUUGGGGGGGGGGGGGGGGGGGUAGAAGGAUUACUUUAUCCUAUCCCAGGUAUUCCUUAAAGAGGUGGGGUUUCAAAUGUCUCCGGAAGGUGGUGAGUGACUCCGCUGUCCUGGCGUCGUGAGGGAGCUUGUUCCACCAUUGGGGUGCCAGAGCAGCGAACAGUUUUGACUGGGCUGAGCGGGAACUAUGCUUCCGCAGAGGAAGGGGAGCCAGCAGGCCAGAGGUGGAUGAACGCAAUGCCCUCGUUUGGGUGUAGGGACUGAUCAGAGCCUGAAGGUACGGAGGUGCCGUUCCCCUCACUGCUCCAUAGGCAAGCACCAUGGUCUUGUAACAGAUGCGAGCUUCAACUGGAAGCCAGUGGAGUGUGCGGAGGAGCGGGGUGACGUGAGAGAACUUGGGAAGGUUGAACACCAGACGGGCUGCGGCAUUCUGGAUGAGUUGUAGGGGUUUAAUGGCACAGGCAGGGAGCCCAGCCAACAGCGAGUUGCAGUAAUCCAGACGGGAGAUGACAAGUGCCUGGAUUAGGACCUGUGCCGCUUCCUGUGUAAGGCAGGGUCGUACUCUCCAAAUGUUGUAGAGCAUGAACCUGCAGGAUCGGGUCACCGCCUUGAUGUUAGCGGAGAACGACAGGGUAUUGUCCAGGGUCACGCCAAGGCUCUUCGCACUCUGGGAGGAGGACACAACGGAGUUGUCAACCGUGAUGGCGAGAUCAUGGAACGGGCAGUCCUUCCCCUUCUUUAAGAGGCUCCUCUGUUCUCCACUCGUUACCUGUAUUAAAGGCACCUGUUUGAACUUGUUAUCAGUAUAAAAGACACCUGUCCACAACCUCAAACAGUCACACUCCAAACUCCACUAUGGCCAAGACCAAAGAGCUGUCAAAGGACACCAGAAACAAAAUUGUAGACCUGCACCAGGCUGGGAAGACUGAAUCUGCAAUAGGUAAGCAGCUUGGUUUGAAGAAAUCAACUGUGGGAGCAAUUAUUAGGAAAUGGAAGACAUACAAGACGACUGAUAAUCUCCCUCGAUCUGGGGCUCCACGCAAGAUCUCACCCCGUGGGGUCAAAAUUAUCACAAGAACGGUGAGCAAAAAUCCCAGAACCACACGGGGGGACCUAGUGAAUGACCUGCAGAGAGCUGGGACCAAAGUAACAAAGCCUACCAUCAGUAACACACUACGCCGCCAGGGACUCAAAUCCUGCAGUGCCAGACGUGUCCCCCUGCUUAAGCCAGUACAUGUCCAGGCCCGUCUGAAGUUUGCUAGAGUGCAUUUGGAUGAUCCAGAAAAGGAUUGGGAGAAUGUCAGAUGAAACGAAAAUAUAACUUUUUGGUAAAAACUCAACUCGUCGUGUUUGGAGGACAAAGAAUGCUGAGUUGCAUCCAAAGAACACCAUACCUACUGUGAAGCAUGGGGGUGGAAACAUCAUGCUUUGGGGCUGUUUUUCUGCAAAGGGACCAGGACGACUGAUCCGUGUAAAGGAAAGAAUGAAUGGGGCCAUGUAUCGUGAGAUUUUGAGUGAAAACCUCCUUCCAUCAGCAAGGGCAUUGAAGAUGAAACGUGGCUGGGUCUUUCAGCAUGACAAUGAUCCCAAACACACCGCCCGGGCAACGAAGGAGUGGCUUCGUAAGAAGCAUUUCAAGGUCCUGGAGUGGCCUAGCCAGUCUCCAGAUCUCAACCCCAUAGAAAAUCUUUGGAGGGAGUUGAAAGUCCGUGUUGCCCAGCGACAGCCCCAAAACAUCACUGCUCUAGAGGAGAUCUGCAUGGAGGAAUGGGCCAAAAUACCAGCAACAGUGUGUGAAAACCUUGUGAAGACUUACAGAAAACGUUUGACCUGUGUCAUUGCCAACAAAGGGUAUAUAACAAAGUAUUGAGAAACUUUUGUUAUUGACCGAAUAAUUAUUUUCCACCAUAAUUUGCAAAUAAAUUCACUAAAAAUCCUACAAUGUGAUUUUCUGGAAUUUUUUUCUCUCAUUUUGUCUGUCAUAGUUGACGUGUACCUAUGAUGAAAAUUACAGGCCUCUCAUCUUUUUAAGUGGGAGAACUUGCACAAUUGGUGGCUGACUAAAUACUUUUUUCCCCCACUGUAUGUGUAGCCUACUUGGACACUGGGUCCCCACAUUUCCCACUCUCCCACGCCGAAUAGCCUGAAGCCACAGGGCUCUUCUCACAGGCUCUAUUUCUCUACAUGGGAGCAUUGCGAACCAUAGAUUGGGACUUUUAACAUGAUUACAUGUAUAUUGAAGAAUACAGCAGCUUUUCGGCGUGUUUUGUUAUUUCUGUAUAAUUGAUGACGAAGUUGGCUCUUUUUUACAAUGGUGGUCAAUAGGAAAGAAUGUUUGUUUUUCCCCAAUUUGUGGGCGUGGUCGAGGGAAUUUCUUAUUAUUACGUGAAUAUCGAGUAUGGCUGCCAUAGGUGUUUCCACCAAGUAUUAACCCUGGGGUGUUUAUUUUAUUCAUUUGGAAAAUGUUCUAUAAAAAAAAUAUCACUUUGAAAAUGUGGAGUAGGUUGUGUAGAUCGGUAGAAGAAAAAAUCGAAUUGAAUCCCUUUUUAAGAUUUAAUUUUAAGGCAGUGAAAUGUGGAGACAGUGCAAGGUGUCAAAACCCCUUUCAUCAAUGGCUAAUUAAUAAGGGAAAAACAUGUCAGACAGAUCAAACUAGGUCAAUUAACAGCCCAAAUAUAUAAAUAUAUCCUUCCGCAUGCUGUAAAAUAUAGAUUGCUCAAACAGGUUGUACUUGCUUUGGAGAUUAACAAGGUUUUACACACUCACUGGAUGGUGCAAAUUUAAAGGCAAGCAGCGAUACAAAGCCACCAUGUAAAAUAUUCACGUCAAAUGAUAGUUGGUCCGUUUCAAUUAAUCUGACCAUUCGUUAUGUUUAGAGGCCAUUGGGAGUAAAUUGCCUUUAAUAUCAUUAUAGUCUCCCUGGUCUGUUGGGCUGUCUGCAGCCACUGACAUGAUAUUUAAUUAUGUCAUACAUCAGCAAUGCCAUAUUCAUGUCCUAUCAUCCACUUUGUUCUUAUAUUCCGCCUUGGUUGCCGUAGAAGGUCAGAGAGAGGACCAUUUGUCAGUAGUAGCUCGUUGAGCCAUUUGUCGCUAGUAGCCCAUUGGCCCUGCAGUGUAGAACACUCUGUGGUGACCUGCCUCUGACCUCUACUUGUGUCUUUCUCUCCCUUCUCUCUCUCCCCUAUUUCUCUCCCCCUCUAUCUCACUCUCUAUCCGUCUCCCCCUCCACUCUCCCCCCUAUCUCGCUCGCUCUCUUUUUCCAUCUCUCUCUCUGGCAGGGAGAGGGUGGUCGAGGGGUGCGUUCCAGAUACAGCAUCACCACACAGCUCCUCAUCCUCUACUAUAUUCUGUCCUAUGAGGAGGCUCUCCUGUCCAACACUAAACAACUGGGUAUUUAUGUAUAUAUGGAUAUAUGUCUCCUACUGUACAGUAUCUCCUCCUGGGUAUGUACCAUAGUGUAUGUUACUCCUGAACGUCAUUCAUUCAGCCACCCUUGGCUUCUCUCCUAGCCGACCUGUUGCUGCUUUUUCUUCUCCUCCACUCAGGCUCUUUCAUUGUCUUCUCCCCCUUCGAAGAAGGUAUGCUGUUUUUGGGACGGACAGAGAGAGAGAGUGUCAGGGAACCAAGAGAAAAGGAAUGCUUUGUCCUCUGUUGUUAAGCUACUAGGAAACUGUGUUGCUAUGGGGGAUUCCUUUCUAUCCUCCUGGCUUUGUCUCAGGCCUCCAUUUAUUAUCAAUGGCCAGCCAAGUACGAUGUCCAAGGGAGGUGUUACCUACUGGACUUAAGGACUCAGCAGAGUCAGUAUUUCUUGGAUGAUAAGGUCUUCCCACCCUUCGUUAGUCCUAAUUUACGUCUGUGUUAGUUUAUACAUAUGCUCCCAUCUUAAUUGUUGUGUUUAUCUAAGUGCUGCUGCACCCUUCAAGCAGGAAUGAUGAUGCGCAUCAGCAUUGUGUUAAUGAAGCCAUUUCAGUGAAGAACCACCCCACUCUGGAAGCACUCACACAGGGUGUUUUAAAUAGACAGCAGGGCCAAAUCAAUCUCUCCUCUCUCCUCAGCUCUGAUGCAGAGGAAGCCCAAGUCGUACUCCGCCAUACUCAUGGACCAGAUCCCCAUCAAAUACCUCAUCACCCAGGCCCAGGGCCUGCAACAGGAGUUGGGGGGUAAGUACAACAAAUGUACAGGGUAUCUCUAAGUAGGGAUUGUAGUGUCUUUGAAUUUAUAUAUUGUUUUAAUUCUGUCAUAUUUAAAGCCUCAUCAAUGUAGAUUAUAUGUAUAUGCAAAGUGCACCCAUAUCAUUUAGGGGGUCAAAAGUGUAUAAUUUGUGAAUUAAAAUGUAAUUCAUUAUAUUUUUACCAGAUAAUUGUUAAUGUUAUGAAAGCAACUAGUCAGCCUACUGACUAACCUACUACACUUUGUCUUUUGGUGCUCCAGGAAGUUUAGGUAGGCACCCAUUUGCCAGGUAGCCAGUGUUUAGUGUAGGCUACCAUCAACCUAAUGCAAGCCAUUCUUAUUCUUUUUGGAGAACAAUAUUCAACCACUUAUUUCAGUGUAUUAGCCUUCUUUAGGGGCAGCGUUCAUUGCCUCUGCUCUUUUUAAUGUCCUAUGUCUUUUGAUUCCUCACCUUUCUUCCCCCCAGGCCUCCACUCAGCCUUGCUGCGUCUGCUGGCCACUAACUACCCCCACCUGUGUAUGGUGGAGGACUGGGUGUGUGAGGAAGAGGUGACAGGAACCCUGCCUCUGCUCCGGAGGAUGCUGCUCACCUCUAACACCUGCAGAUACUCCCAGACACAACUCCACGACGGUGAGACUGGGGUGGGGAGGGGAAUGGUGGAGUAGUGUCUGGGAGUAGUGGGACCUGGUGGUCCUCUGUAGCUCAGCUGGUAGAGCACGGCGCUUGUAACGCCAAGGUAGUGGGUUCGAUCCCCGGGACCACCCAUACACAAAAAAAAGAAUUUAUGCACACAUGACUGUAAGUCGCUUUGGAUAAAAGCGUCUGCUAAAAUGGCAUAUUAGUAGGAAGUGGGGAAUGGGGUUUAGGAUUAGGGUGGAAAUAACUGUUUUGGGAAUGGUGAGUUUACAUCAGAUUUUAUGGGGCUAGUUGUUGAAGAAGCCCUAUAAGAGGCCAAUAAAGAGUCCUGUGGAGUGUUGGGCUUUGGGAGGUUAGUUCGGACUCAACAGAGAAGAGUAGUUAUAGACUCCGUAAUAGUGAGUGGGAUGAACACAGGGUCAUGUUAUGAAAAGGAGAUUUACAGUUUUUACUGUAAUCCUGCAGUAAGGGCUUCAGUGUCAGAUUAUCAUGCUGCUAUUAGCCUCUAAUAGAGAGAUGGACCCCUGGUAGAUCAUCAUGGGUGCAUCCCAAAUGGCACCCUAUUCCCUAUAUAUACACUACUUUUGUAGGGCAUACGGUGCCAUUUGAGAUGCAAAUAUUUUCUCUGUCAGGGAAUCAGACCUACUACUGCUGCAUAGCUCCAAGGCACUGCUAACCUAAUCUCAUCUCAUCUGAUUAGGAGGGAAAUAAUCUAUCUACACGCAAAUUUAAUCCAAUAUUCUCCCCACCCCCAAAAAAUACAUUUUCUUUGUAAAAGUCUUUAAAUUAGAAUCGUAACCUGGAGCUUGUUUCUUGGUUAUGUAAGUAAUUUCACUAGUGUGCCACAGAGACAAGUAGCAGUUUCUAGAAAGGAAGAGGAAGAGAGAAGGCCCAGAGGCGACCAUCUCCUGGAUUACAGUGGACACAAAGAGGGCUGCUACACUGCAGCAGAACAGAGGCUUGGUGGUGUUCAGUAGAGGCUGGGAUGCAAGCAGUGCUUUUAUGUCAUGGUGAUAUUAACAGCCUCUGUUGUUGGGGAGGUUGACCUUUUAAGUGAUUCAGCUGCAGAACAGAGCAGAAGAGAGAGGAGUUGAGACUAGAGAGAGGCAUAUACUCUCCCUCGCUCUCUUUCUCUCGCUCUUUUUCCUUUCUACCCAUGCCAUCUGCUCCCUCCAUCUAUGUUGAUUUGAAAUAAGUGGAAGCCAGCCUCACGAUUUACCUCUGCUAUAUCACCUUCAGGCUGUACCGAGUGGCGCAGUGGUCUAAGGCACUGCAUCGCAGUGCUAGCUGUGCCACUAGAGAUCCUGGUUCGAAUCCAGGCUCUGUCAUAGCCGGCCGCGACCGGGAGACCCAUGGGGCGGCGCACAAUUGGCCCAGCGUCGUCCAGGGUAGGGGAGGGAAUGGCUGGCAGGGAUGUAGCUCAGUUGGUAGAGCAUGGCGUUUGCAACGCCAGGGUUGUGGGUUCGAUUCCCACGGGGGGCCAGUAUGAAAAAUAAAAAAAUUAUGUAUGCACUCACUAACUGUAAGUCGCUCUGGAUAAGAGCGUCUGCUAAAUGACUAAAAUGUAAAAAAAAAAUGUAAAAUGUACUGUGGUUUCAGAUCAGUGGAGUGGAAGGAAAGGAGACUAGAUUGUAUCAAGCCAAUCUAUAAACACUCUGGGACAGUUUCCCAAACCCAGAGUAAGUUUAGUCCUGGACUACAAAUCUCCAUUGAGAAGCUCCAUUGAAAGUGCUUUUUAGUCAAGGACUAGGUUUGAUCUGUGUCCGGGAAACCGACCCUAAAUAAACUGUAUUAAAGGGGCAGUCUGGGAUUUGUACAUUUUAUUUUUGGUCUUCUAAAUUAGUUAUUAGAGGUUUCAUUUCUCCAGCCGCACCCCUCAGCUGUAGGGCUGCAUGAUACGGGCAAAACAUUUAAUCAUAAUUAUUAUAAUUUUUUUUCACUAACUUUUGCGAUUUGACUUCCGAUAUUUUCAAAACACUUGGAUGAACUGUUGAAAUCAUAUAUAAUAAUUAUUCUAAUUAUAUGGUUGGUACAGUGUGCACUUGGAAUACAGUGUUUGGCAUGACAACGAAUGAAAAAGACAGGUAGGAGUUGUGACGGGGCAGAAACCAAAAAAUUGGUCAGUCUUUCCCAGGGGACCCUAGUUAGAUUUGAAUAGCUGUUACAUUCAGACAAAGAUUUUAGAAUAUGCUUCGCUAUUCCUCUCUGAUUCAGAACAUGCUGUAGCACAAACAUGCUGAUCUACACCACCACUAUAUUAGAGCUACAGUUUGUUAGCCAAAUUUGCCCUAUCUGUCAGUGCAUUUAGCUAGCUAGUUAGUGUUAGCAAUUAGCAUUAGCAGCUAACGCAAGAAAAAAUUGGGCACAUGCAGUUUGCUAAGACUAACUAGCAUUUUGCAGAUGGCAAGAUACACAAACUAAUAGUAUAAUAAAUAAAAAAAAAUUGUAUUUUUUAAGAAGCAAAGUAAGCAGCAUCAUUCUUGUUUUGGAGUCUGUUGAGUGAGUGACAGGGGGCGGGACUGUGGGAAAGCAAAAAUAUGGAUCUCUUGCGAUAUGGAUAUUGCACAUGUCAAUAUCGCAAUUAUAAUCUAAAUUCGAUCAAUCGUUCAGCCAUACUCAGCAGUUUACAAAAAACAAGUGGCUGGGUGUCUACUUUUUUUUGUUUUUUCGAAUCCAGGAUUGCCCCUCUGACUCCACUCUCCCACUAAAAGCUUUUUCUUCUCCUCCCUUCUGUCUGUUUCCCAGCCUUCCAGAAGGUUCCCUCCAGUGGUCCCAGACUUAUGAGGAUGCUGGACCACCUGACCCUGCUGUCAGCUGGAGACCUGAUCCCCUACUCCGAGGCUCUGACGAGUAGCAUGGGUCUGCUACUGGGCCCCAGCGUCCCCCGACGCAUCCCCCAGACCCUCAACAAGCUCUGGAUGGUCCUCAACACUGUCAUGCCCCGCAGGUGAGCAAUAUUAUAGAGAGGAAGUGCUUGUUUACUGGAUGGUGCGACCAGGGAUGGGGUUCAUGUUCAGUUCAUUACAAUUCAAUUUCUGUGUCUUCACUGGUGGUGAUAAGGGGGUGGACCCCCAGUGUUCCCAGGGGCACAGAGCUACAGCCGGCAGGAGCAGGCAGGCGGACCAAUCAAUCCCCGCACGCAUGGAUAGCUGCUCUGUGCUCUGUAAUGAGGACAGGACUUGACAGCUCAGGGCAGGAUAAAGGGAGGGGACUCUCCAGGGUUUGGGGCAUAAUGGAUUGUUGUUUUCCUCACCCCCUCUUCAACCGUCUGUGGUGGUAUUGAAUGGUGCUGUGCAGCGGGAGGCCUGUGGGGAGGAAGGAGUGAUGAAGCUGGAAGGGAGCGCUGGUGUUGGAGUGUCGGUCUCUCACAGGAACCAUUGAUUAAUGUCAUACACUCUGCAGGAGGCAACACAGACAAGACUGUGGGUGAAGAGAACUGGUGGUAGCUGCUUCUCUGUCUGAAAGGACAGCUUGUCCUGGAUUGAAUGCGCCAUUAGUGUUUUCAAUGGAAAACUGAAAGGUUUUAUCAAUUGAAUAGAUUUGAUUAUCACAAAAUAGAUCUACUGCAACAGGCAACUGUAUAGCUAGUAAUAAAAACAUAAUCCCUAAAAAGAAACCUUGUGACUAGGUCGUGUUCAGAAGGCCACAGCGUAGCAAAACGUUCCGCAACAGAAAAGGAAAAUGUGUGUUCUUAUUGGACAAGUUCAGGUAGUACAUCACUGUUGCACUAUGUCUAAAAAUGUUUUCUCCCCACUGAGCAUGGCCCUGCUCUCUUUCCUCCAUGUGUUACUUCAGGCUGUGGGUGAUGACGGUGAAUGCGCUGCAGCCCUCCGUAAAGAUGCUGAGGCAGCCGAGGUAUAUUCAGAAUGACCUGAUGGUGGACCCCCUCAUCGUGCUGCGCUGUGACCAGAGGGUCUACAGGUAGGCUACAGCACAUGGUUAUCUUUACUGUUGCACCUUUUGCUUUGCUUACGGUCUGAAACAAGUUUCAAGGGUCAGGAAAACAGAUUGCCAACUGUCUGUAGCUGGAAUGUGCAGAGUACACCAGUGUGCAGAGACACACAGGUUUACUGUGUAAGACACCUGUAAGGGUAGGUAACAACACAUCUGCCACGCUGAUCCUCAACACGUGGGCCCCUCAGGGGUGCGUGCUCAGUCCCCUCCUGUACUCCCUGUUCAUCCAUGACUGCAUGGCCAGGCACGUCUCCAACACCAUCAUUAAGUUUGCCGACAACACAACAGUGGUAGGCCUGAUCAUCGACAACGAUGAGACAACCUAUAGGGAGGAGGUCAGAGACCUGGCCGUGUGGUGCCAGGAUAACAACCUCACCCUCAACGUGAUCAAGACAAAGGAGAUGAUUGUGGAAUACAGGGGAAAAAAAGAUGACCGAGCACGCCCCCAUUCUCAUCGACGGGGCUGUAGUGGAGCAGGUUGAAAGCUUCAAGUUCCUUGGUGUCCACAUCACCAACAAACUAUCAUGGUCCAAACACACCAAGACAGUCAUGAAGAAAGCACGACAAAGCCUAUUCCCUCCUCAAGAGACUGAAAAAAUUUGCCAUGGGUCCUCAGAUCCUCAAAAUGUUGUACAGCUGCACCAUCGAUAGCAUCCUGAAUGGAUGCAUCACUGCCUGGUAUGGCAACUGCUCGGUCUCCGACCGCAAGGCAAUACAGAGGGUAGUGCGUACAGCCCAGUACGUCACUUGGGCCAAGCUUCCUGCCAUCCAGGACCUCUAUACCAGAUGGUGUCAGAGGAAGGCCCUAAAAAUUGUCUAUUUGCAUUGUGCCCCCCCCCCCCCCCCACCCCCUAUUUUACGCUGCUGGUACUCUGUUUAUUAUCUAUGCAUAGUCACUUUAACUCUACAUUGACUCUGUACCGGUACACCCUGUAUUUAGCCUCGCUACUGUUAUUUUACUGCUGCUCUUUAAUUAUUAUUGUUUUUCAUUUUUUUCUUAUCUUUUUUUUACUAAACACUUACAGUACCAGUCAAAAGUUUGGACACACCUACUCUUUCCAGGGUUUUUCUUUAUUUUUACUAUUUUCUACAUUGUAGAAUAAUAGUGAAGACAUCAAAACUAUGAAAUAACACAUAUGGAAUCAUGUAGUAACCAAAAAAGUGUUAAACAAAUCAAAAUGUAUUUUAUAUUUGAGAUUCUUCAAAUAGCCACCCUUUGCCUUGAUGACAGCUUUGCACACUCUUGGCAUUCUCUCAACCAGCUUCACCUGGAAUGCUUUUCCAACAGUUUUGAAGGAGUUCCCACAUAUGCUGAGCACUUGUUGGCUGCUUUUCCUUCACUCUGCGGUCCGACUCAUCCCAAACCAUCUCAAUUGGGUUGAGUUCGAGGGAUUGUUGAGGCGAGGUCAUCGGAUGCUGCACUCCAUCACUAUCCUUCGUGGUAAAAUAGCCCUUACACCGCCUGGAGGUGUGUUGGGUCAUUGUCCAGUUGAAAAACAAAUGAAAGUCCCACUCAGCCCAAACCAGAUGGGAUGGCGUAUCACUGCAGAAUGCUGUGGUAGCCAUGCUGGUUAAGUGUGCCUUGAAUUCUAAAUAAAUCACAGUGUGACCAGCAAAGCACCCCCACAUCAUAACACCACCUCCUCCAUGCUUUAUGGUGGGAACUACACAUGCAGAGAUCAUCCGUUCACCCACACCGCGUCUCACAAAGACACGGCGGUUGGAACCAAAGAUCUCCAAUUUGGACUCCAGACCAAAGGACACAUUUCCACCGGUCUAAUGUCCGUUGCUCGUGUUUCUUGGCCCAAGCAAGUCUCUUCUUCUUAUUGGUGUCCUUUUAGUAGUGGUUUCUUUGCAGCAAUUCAACCAUGGAGGCCUGAUUCACACAGUCUCCUCUGAACAGUUAAUGUUGAGAUGUGUCUGUUACUUCAACUCUGUGAAUCCAUUUAUUUGGGCUGCAAUUUCUGAGGCUGGUAACGCUAAUGAACUUGUCCUCUGCAGCAGAGGUAACUCUGGGUCUUCCUUUCCUGUGGCGGUCCUCAUGAGAGCCAGUUUCAUCAUAGCGCUUGAUGGUUUUUGCGACUGCACUUGAAGAAACGUUCAAAGUUCUUGAAAUGCUCCGUAUUGACUGACCUUGUUGUUUCUCUUUGCUUAUUUGAGCUGUUCUUGCCAUAAUAUGGACUUGGUCUUUUACCAAGUAGGGCUAUCUUCUGUAUACCCCCCCUACCUUGUCACAACACAACUGAUUGGCUCAAACGCAUUAAGAAGGAAAGAAAUUCCACAAAUUAACUUUUAAGAAGGCACACCUGUUAAAUGAAAUGCAUUCCAGGUGACUACCUCAUGAAGCUAGUUGAGAGAAUGCCAAGAGUGUGCAAAGCUGUCAUCAAGGCAAAGGGUGGCUAUUUGAAGAAUCUCAAAUAUAAAGUAUAUUUUGAUUUGUUUAACACUUUUUUGGUUACUACAUCAUUCCAUGUGUUAUUUCAUAGUUUUGAAGUCUUCACUAUUAUUCUACAAUGUAAAAAUAAAUGAGUAGGUGUGUCCAAACUUUUAACUGGUGGUGUAUUUUUCUUAAAACUGCAUUGUUGGUUAAGGUCUUGUAAGUAAGCAUUUCACUGUCUACAUCUGUUGUAUUCGCCGCAUGUGACAAAUAAAAUGUGAUUUGAUAAGACAUUUUGAUCAAAUAUGGGCCGGAGAAGUGCUCAAGAUAUUUUAAUCCCAAUAUAUUAUUUUGCAGUUGUACACUUGGAAUUUGUCAAACGUAUUUCCUGUUUAAACACAAUGAAGCCUACGUCAUUAUGUGAGUAAAUAACAUAUCUUUGUGUCCCCUCCUCAGGUGUCCCCCUCUGAUGGACAUUGUCCUCCACAUGCUGAAUGGCUACCUGCUGGCCUCCAAGGCCUACCUCAACUCCCACCUGAAGGAGACAGCGGACUUUGACCGGCAGAGCCAGACCAUCUCUAACCUGGGCCUGGGACAGGCUGGACAGCCAGACACCCCAGAGGUCACCAGAGAGGAGCUGAAGAACGCACUGCUGGCCGCUCAGGUAACUCAGAGGGAGAGACACCCACUCAUAAAUACAACAAUGGAUUCCCAUUCAAAAUCCUAUUUUCCCUAACUCUAAACCUAACCCUAAUUAUAAUCCUUACCCUAAAAAUAGCCUUUUUACAAGUGAGGACCGGCAAAAUGUUCUCACUUCUCCGAAUUUUAGUUGGUUUACUAUUAAGUCCUCACAAGUAUAGUAAAACGUGUACACACACACACAGAGUGGAUAGUAUGUCAGCCAUUUCAGUUGUAGGUAGAAUCCCACAUGACGUGUCUGUCUUGUGCUUCUCUCUGCCUCCAGGACAGUGCUGCAGUCCAGAUCCUGCUGGAGGUGUGUCUGCCCACCUCCGAGGUGCAGACGGGGCCCCUAGGGGCUGUGGGCGACGCUGAGAGCCUGCUCCAGAGCAUGAGGGCCGCGCCCGGGUCCAUCAAACAGGAAGAGGGGUCCAGGAGAGCGGAGGGGCAAGGCGAGCCGGAAGGGGGGUUACUCAGUGACCUGAGGGAGGUGCAGUGUCUCAUCUGCUGUCUGCUGCAUCAGAUGUUCAUCGCUGACCCCAACAUCGCCAAACUGGUGCACUUCCAGGUAAACACUGUUCUACUACGUAGAAGAGAUGUUCUUGCCAAAUUCCAAACGGACCCCUAGCCCCUUUGUUGAUAAGGCUCCAAGGUCUGAAAGUGGCAUGUAGAUAUAAUCACGUCAUGGCAGCAUUUAGUCAUAACAAACAACAUAACAAAAUGGCGUCUACAGGCUGAGAUUAUGAAUGUGUCCUCCCCGUCUACUAUAACGUCAUAAGUGUGCCACAGAAGUGCUGUUGUCAGUGAUCAGUGCAUGAGUCGUGAGAGGGGAAUGAAUGUCCUGCAGCCUGAAUGACUGCAGAAGUCCCAGUAGUAGGAAGCUGCCAUAUGUUUCACUUCAUCAACACAAUCCUGCCUCUCUGUGGCAGUAAUCCUGCCUGCUUGGAUCCAUGCUGUGCACACAAGCUGCUGCUGCGGCUAGCUACCCUGUGUGUUUACAUCACAAGACAGAAGCUCAGUCAAAGCUACUACUUACCCUGUGCGUUUCACUCCUCUUUUUACUUUCAUUCCAUUCUGUCUCCUUUCUUCUCUCAUUUUCUCUCACUUUCUCUCUAUCUCAGGGUUACCCCCAAGCUCUGCUUCCACUGACUGUGGCUGGCAUCCCCUCCAUCCAUAUCUGCCUGGACUUCAUCCCAGAGCUGCUGGCCCAGCCCCAGCUGGAGAAACAGGUGAGCCCCCCUCCGUCCUCGUCUGGCAUCCAAGCCCACAAACCUGAGCUACAUUAGCCCUCUGCCUUUGUCAGUGUUUUACACCAAUUCGUUUCCAGGCCUGUUUAAGCAACAUUUCUAAUCAAACCUGUCUCUCUGGACGGAAAGUACUGGCAUUAACUAUGGUUCUCGUCUCCCUCUACAGAUCUUUGCCAUCCAGCUGCUGUCCCACCUGUGUACCCAGUACGCCCUGCCCAAGUCCCUCAGCGUGGCCCGCCUGGCCGUCAGCGUCAUGGCCACGCUGCUCACAGGUCAGUUUUCUCUCGCUUUAUCCAUCCAUACCUCUCCCUCUGUCCAUCCCUCUCUACCUCCCCCAUCUCUACCCUGUCAUUGGUGGCCCUCUUUUUCCUCCCUUUACUACAUCAUGUCCUACUGGCGGUGUCUCCUUCGCUCUGUACUCUGGGAGGGAGUACAACUUCGAUUUAACUUCGAUAUGUUAGUGCCAUCUCCUGGUGGGUCUCUGUUAGUGCAGCAUGUCAUCACUCAUAACAGCCUUUUUUCCCUGUUAGGUCUAGGUACAGCUUGUACUAGCCUCCUUGCUGUUCAUGGUGUACAUGAUGUUCAUAUGUUUCUCUCUCCCCCUCCCCCUCAGUGCUGACCCGUGCCAAGCGUUUCUCCUUCUUCAUGCCUACCCUGCCGUGCCUGGUGGCGUUCUGCCAGGCCUUCCCUCCGCUCUACGAGGACGUGGCGACCCUGCUGGUGCAGGUGGGACAGGUCUGUGCCUCCGACGUGUCCACCAAGACCAGGGACAUCGACCCGCUCAUCACCAGUAAGUCUGUGUGUGUUGAAAGGGAAGGGGAACACUGCCGCAACUGGGAAGGGGAAACUGAAGUGAAUAGGAAAGUCUUGGAGGGCAGUGGAAGUUGAUAAAAAUGAUUUAUUGAUAAAACCAAUGCGGCCUGGCCCUUAGCCAUCAGCCUUUUUUAAAAUCAGGGUUAGUGUGAUGAAAUAAGUGUUUUUGUGUGCCUUGGAAUAUACUAGAGAACUCAUUCUAGUUGCAAUGUUCCACUCAAGUUGCCAUGUUUCCAUAGCAUGUCUUCUUUCAGUAGUGUUGGAACUAAUUAUAGGAAAAGACCAUGACCUGAAUUGAUAGUUUGGAACACUUGUAUAGAUUUACUCAUUAGUGUAACUGCAUUGGAGAUGUGGUCAAUUCCACCUCAAUUUCAGUCCAUUCAGGAAUUGAAUUGCGCACUUCUAAUGAGACACCUUACUGUAUGUCCUAUUCAACUGCCAGGAAUUGAAUCGAAGUUGACCCAAACACUGAACAAGAUAUGAGCAUUUAUAAAGGUGUAUCAAUAGCAGUAUAGUCUAACCAUCCCUCCUCUCUCUCCUGUACCCCUUUCUCCUUCCCCCUUUCUCCUUCCCUCCCUCCCUCAGGGCUGCAGUAUCUGAAGGAGAAGCCCCAGGAGGUGUUGAUACCAGGAAGGGACCAGUCCAAGCUGAGCCUUCCCCAGAGGGCAGCAGAGGAACUGGGUGGCGCCGACCCGGAUGUCCAGCUCUGCUACCGGAUAGAAGCCACCUUCAUGGACAUCAUCAGCACCAGCCACCACGGAUUAUAGACAGAGACAGAGACGUGCAGGUGGUGGGAGCACUGGGUGCAGGGUUGUACGUUUAGAUAUGAGUGUUAUUUUCAAUGUGUAUGUUGUAGUGUGUAUGCGAUGUCAGUGUUUUGUAGGUAAUGAAAGAUACAAUAUGCUAUAGGUCUGUUUUCUUGACCAUAUUUUUCUAAGCUGACUUAUCUUUCUCAGCAAAAAAAAGGGUUUUUGAAAUGAUCAGGGAACCUUGAAUUAUGUAGUGUUUUUGUAUUGUACAUCUUGUUUGUAUUAAAAAACUUAAACUGAGACUCAUCGAUAUGACGUUGCCACAAGCAGCAGGAUCAACCACAGAUAAUGAGCGCGACGCAAAGCUAUGCACUCACACAGUAUCUGCACACAGCUCCACUCUGCUGCAACGUUGGCUGCUGUUAAAAACGCCAAAAUGUGAAUGCUACCAUACGAGAGGUUACUGCUUGGCUAAUGGAAAACGUUGACAACUAACCUGGUAUUGGCGAUAC